GUGAACAAAUUAUAAUUCAUUGUAUAAUUACAUGUUAAUGUUCUUGAAUGAGGUCAUUAAUUUUCAGGGCAAUAAUUACUUUCGGACUAAAUGCGCUAAAUGGAAAAACGGUGGAGGAAGGUAAUACUAGUUUUGGUCCGGCGAAUGCUACACUUGUUGCCAAGGGUAGUUGGGAUUAUUCGAUUGCUGAAUCGUUUAUUCGUUACACUGUCAACAAGGGUUACAAUGUGUUUGCUUGGGCUCUUGGGAAUGAAUUAGGUGGUAUCGCAAUAGAUCUAUUCAUGGAUGCAGACCAGUAUGCCCGGGACACAAUUGCUCUACGCCGAUUAGUAAGAGAAAUUUAUCGAGCAAAGAUGAGGGCCCCACAGAUCAUGGCUCCUGAUGAUCUCUUCGAACCUGAUUGGUUUCAGCAAUACCUAGAAAAAUCACAAGGCUCACUAAAUAUAAUUAGCCAACACAUCUAUAAUCUUGGCGAUUUGAUCCGGACCUUAUAA